CGCGCUGCAUUGCCAUGUUUUCUACAUUUUCUUUAAAUUCUCAAAUUAAUAAAAGUGACCCGGGUAGUGUCGGGUAAUUUACAACCCGCAUUUUACCUGGGUUUUCGGGUACCCAUGCCGACCCCUAGUUUAGAGUUUCUAUUGUUCUUCACACAAUCACUUUCUUGAAGGUUGGUGAUAUAAUGACUGGGGGCGAGGGAGGGGUGAGCGAUGCGGGGAGGGGGCGAGUGUGUUUAGCAUCAGGUUAUUCAACACCAGCAUUGACUAGGAAAGGCAACAAUAGUGGGAGGGAGAAAACCUUCAGGAGCAAAAAACUUCCUGGAGGUGACUAUAUAAAAGAGAGGGAGUGAGAGAGUGAAAUACCAGUAUAGUCAUUCCCAAGGGGAAAGACUCCCUCGACUCGGUGACAGUACAGAAUUAAAGACAGAAAGAAAGAGGAUCAGUUGCUGCAAAAUAAGAAAGGAAGAGAGAAAGAAAGAAAGAAAAAGAAAGGAGGAGAUAAAGACAGGUGAUAGACAGAAUGGCAGUGGGUUGUGUGAGGGUGGCUCUGGCUGUGUUGCUGCAGCUCUCUGUUUGGAUACCGGUCGCUCUGCAGUGCUCUAUCUCAGAGAGUCAGACAGGUCAGGUGAUUCGGCUCCUCAAUAUAAUGGUCCAGUCAGAGAACAGCAGUGCUGCCAGUGGCUCCACCCCCAAUCCCAGCAUCCUCCUGGCUCUGCGUCUGGCCAGCCAUCAUGACAGUGACACAGAGAGACGCAUGCUGGCUAGACUGCAGGUUGAUGCAGUGAAGAGAGUCCAAGAAGGCCUCCCCUUCUCCUCAGGCACCGUGGCUCUCUACUGUCUGGCUAUGCAGGCCUCCUGUGCGGACCCCUCUCUAACUCCAGCCCCAGGACUUAAAGGGGGAAAGAAGGCCCUGGACCUGAGAAAACUGCUGGAAAAAAAACUGAAGGAAGAGAUUGACAAUAUUGAUUACAAGAACAUCCCCCUCACCAACUAUUAUCAGGUGAGCCUUGACAUACUGGCACUGUGCAUGAUGGGAAAAGCAGUGACAUCACACAGCGUGCAGAGUCUGAUUGAAGCUUCGGAUAAUGGAGGAUUUUCAUAUGGAGAGAAAUAUUCAGUGGACACAGCCUCGGUUGCAGUUCUGGCUCUGACCUGCGUGAAGCGCUCUAUCAAGGCCCCUAAUCGUAUGGUUCUGUGUCUGAAGAUACUGAAUGCUUUAAAAUGUCUGAUCAAGAACAUUCUCCAGGAGACAACGAGCGACGGAUUGAUCGGGAACCUUUACAGCACGGGACUGGCCAUGCAGGCCCUGUCAGUCACCUCCACCAACUACGACUGUUCCAGAACAAUCCAGACACUUCUAGAGCGGGCUGGUUCCGGAUCCUUUGAGAACCCCAUGGCUGCUUCUCAGAUCACCCCCUCACUGGAGAACAGAAACUACCUGGAGCUGAACAAGCUAGACUGCAAGGACUUUGAGAAGACACUUGAUGGGUCGGCACUUCCUCUAGUGCCCCCUACUGCUCCGGAGGGUGUAAUCACCGUGCACUACAGAGUGGAGGACGGCAUUCACUACUCCUUCAAUGACAGCAUCGAGGUGACGGUCCCUGUGGGGUCCUCGCUACUGCAGGUCAUGGAGGAGGCGGCCAAGAUAUCCCCUGCAAAAUUCAGGUUCACUGUGGAGCAAAGCAGCUGGGGUCCAUUUGUCACCAGUAUUCAAGUUUUAGCUGGGAACACGGAGGAGCGAACAUACUGGCAAUUUCUCACUGGGAGUAACGCUUUGGAUCAAGGAGUUGGUGAUUAUAAGCCGUAUGACGGGGAAUACAUCGUGGCAAAAUUCUCUACAUAUUAACUCCCAGAUUUCCAUUUCAUAAUUCAUGCAUUGUUGGAGGUUGUGUUUAAUUAUCACUUAUUUUAAUCACAUUAUAAUUCUAUGAUUUAGCUAGGUCUGGUAAAGCACAGGGAAGCAUUGUAAAGCACAGAGAGGUCUGGUAAAGCAUAGGGAAGCAUUGUAAAGC